AUCAAAGGCAAUCUGACAUCAAUUACAAACCACAAACAAUCCUUGCCGCAACAUGACCACAUUCUUGCAGAUCUUCUCUGCUCUUCUAAUCUUGGCUUCAGCCCAAGCUGGGCCCGUUGUGGGCUCGAAUUUGGACGACACCAAGAAACCAUUUUCCAAGACCCAGGAACCCGGUGGAGGUAAUCAGUAUCUGGAUUGCUACGACUACUUCGGCCAAUCCGGACAAAGCAUCCGACUCACGGAUUAUGCCCCAUCGUUUUCUCAACUCAACUUUGAUAAUCGAAUCUCAUCCUGUUGUUUCUCGGGUAUUUGGAUCCUUUACGAUCGUGAUAACUACAAUCCGGACUUGACCAGUGCCGUAUUCAAUGGAUGGGGUGAGAAGUAUUGCGUAGACAUGGACUCGAACUUUGAUAACCGCGCAUCUUCAGCCAGAUUUGCCGGUGCUCCUGAUGGAUACAAAUAUGACACCAUCAAUCUGUACACUGGAAACUACUUCAUGGGUGCAGAGCAAUACUAUUAUGAUGAUGCUGGUCAUGUGAACUAUGACAACCUGGGCAGGUCGGCUAUCAUCACGGGUUGCAGCCCAUGGACAGUCUACCAAUAUGAUAAUUAUCAAGGCAUCGCUAAGUGCUUGUACCCGGCCGAUACUAUCAAUUGCUAUCCAUCGUUUGUCUUGGAAAAUGAUCUGGGAGGCCUGCAAAACCAAAUUUCCAGCGUUCGAAGGGGAUGCUUUUCCACAGAUGUGAUCCAUGGAAAAACCAUCUCCUCUCAGGAUGACAAAAAGGGCAGUCUAAAACAAUAUGCAGUAUUCUUGGCUUAAUGCAAAGUUGUUUCGAUAAAUUUAUCAUGUUUUAAACAAAUACAAACCGUCGGUUGCAUGAAAAUUA